AUGGCGGACUCUUCCGAAAUGCAGUCAAAAAUUGAUGCAGAACUACAGCAAAGCAAACGCGACCAGCAAGAUUCGUCCUUUUUAGAAACUCUCGUGCCGAUUCCCGACUUCUUCUUUAACAUCAAAGCGGAGAUCGAACCCAUCGGCGGGUCGAAAUGGCGCAUUCGUAUAUUUGGAUACAUCUUGUAUUUCAUCACUCUAUGCGUGAUGUUUGGAUCUUUCGCGUACUACUCGCUUCCCGCGCAGCGCGUGAGCUUGGAGUCUAUUGUCACCUCGGAAUGGAACAAGCCCGGCUUUGCGUGCAAGCCCCUCCAGAAGACCACUUUGCACGGUCUGAGCACGGACUGGAGUUUCGAUGAAUGUGUGAGUGCUACAUCGAGUCCGAGCGCGGAAAGUAUCGUAUCGGUGCAGAAAAACGAUGGCUCCACCCAGUUUGACUUUCGUUUCGCUGCGAAAGACGGGUCAACUGGAACCUUGAGUUUCUACGACAUUUGGAACGCGAAGAGUGUUGAGACGACCACCUGGGAGAAGGAAGGUUUUUAUUGCAGACCACUUCAGAAGACCACUUUUCACGGUCUGAGCACAGACUGGAGUUUCGAUGAGUGCGUAAAGAACGUGAACAUUCCCGAUGCGACGAACAUCAAGUCGGUGACCAAACACGCCAACUAUGUCCACUACGACUAUGACUUUGCGAGCGACGGCGAUUCGAACAAAGGCAUCAUAAGCUUUUACGACGACAGGUACGCAUCCUCUGUUUUGCAGAAAACCAAUCAAGCGAGUGAUGACUGGAAACGAGAUGGUUAUUCCUGCUAUCCGGAACCGCCGUACGACAAUACUUUUAACGUGCGCUACAACCACAGCGAAUGUUUGGAUGUCGUGCUGCCCCCAUCUGCGGCAACUGUUCAGUCUCAGUCGCCAAAUGGGUAUGGUUUUUCAUAUCAUCCUUUUGGUAAUGAAGGAACCCUUGGCUACCCAUGCUCUGCGAGCCUUGCUAGUCGUCUAUACACUGCACAUUCCUCUUGUCCAAUCAUGCCACCUUGCAGCGGUUCAUGCCAGUGUAUGUAUGCAAAAUUUCUGCCGAGUGGAGCUGUAUUUCCAACCACGUGCGAUGCGACGAAACCUUAUUACGUAUCUGGAGGUGGAUUUUAUUUAGGGAUGCAAAAUUCGCUCGAUGCUACUGGAAGUAUUACUCUUGACUUGGCCAUCAAAGGUUGGAAUGACAUUCUGAACACGCAAGCUGAUCAGCAUGGAGGCUUUGGGAACGAGUUUGUGUGCUCAUUCUUGAAACUAAACGGCAACGGUUUCCGCUGCUUCGACAAGCCCAAGCCCCCGACCACCAAGGAGCUCGCGAUUCAACGCUACGCCUCGGAAUACCCGCCCGAGACCAUUUGCGGACCAAUCAAGCAGAACGGUCCAUUCCGCUGCAAGCCAAAGGAGGAGCCCCCGACCACCAAGGAGCUCGCGAUUCAACGCUACGCCUCGGAGUAUCCGCCCGAGACCAUCUGCGCUCCGCUCAAGCUGAACAGCCCUUUCCAGUGCACCCGCAACGUGGAGGUGCCCGCAACGACGCGACUGAGCCUUUCAGUCGCGGCCGCGCAAGCUGUGUUUGCGCUCACAGGCAUCGCCCUUGUAGCGCUGCUGAGGAAACUCCAGAAGCCGUCAACAACGACCUCGGAGAGCUUGUCGACUGAUGGCGACCUGCGUUCCAUGAUGCGAAAGCUUCGCCUUACAGUGGAUCGGCUUGACUCAAAAAUUGACCAUUUUGGCACCGGCCAGGACCAGCUACGCACCGACCAGGACCAGCUACGCGUCGGUCAGGACCAGCUACGCGUCGGUCAGGAUCAGCUACGCGUCGGUCAGGAUCAGCUACGCACCGGUCAAGGCACGCACGAAGAGCUCAUUCAAAAGCUCCUGAGCAAGAAAUGA